AUGGGGUUGUGGAAACACGCUCUUGGGGUUUGCGUGGUUGAAAUCCCCAGCCAGGAUGACGAAGGCAUCUGGAUUGGUGUUUUUGGAUUUGCCGGAUUAGGACUCGAUCCGGAUCCGAACCAGUGGAGGUUCGGUGGCGAGCCGGGAAAGAAGAGCAACUUGGAGGGAACGGUGCACGGUGUGGCCAGCCGUGGAAGUGGUGAAGCUGAAGGCGUCACUCUGCUGCUGACACUGACUGACAGUCCACAUCCAGACAACAUGAAGGCUUCAUCUGUGUCUCUGCUGCUCGGUGUGUCUGUGCUGCUGCUGUCUGCACUGACUGUUUCUGCAGUCUCUCUGGAGGUCAGUCCCAACCGUCCUCAGUUCUUUAGAGAAGAGUCAGUCUGUCUGAAAUGUGUUGGAGAUGGACAGACAGCUGAUGGAUGGAUGGUGAAGAGGACAGCAGGAGGACACAAUGAGGACUUUGGGAGAUUUGAUGGUUCCUGUUACAACAUCUCAAAGCUCUCCCAGUCAGACACUGGAGUUUACUGGUGUGGAACCAGUUCUGGACAGAAGAGCAACCAGAUCAACAUCACUGUAACUGAUGAUAGAGGGGUUAUUCUGGAGCUUCCUGCACUUCCUGUGAUGACAGGAAGUGAUGUCACUCUGCGCUGUAGAACCAGAGGUGUCUCCACAUUCGAAGCCUUUUUCUUCAAGAAUGGAGUCCACAUUGGAUCUGGACCUGAAGGACAGUUUACCAUCAGUAAGGUCCAACAGUCUGAUGAAGGUCUCUACUGGUGUUUUAUUGAACGGACUGUUGAGUCUUCUCGGAGCUGGCUGAGGGUCAGAGGUCCUCCUGCUUUAACUACUCUUCCUCCUCCUCCUCCUGUAACCUCCUCUCCUCCUCCUCCUCCUCCUCCUCCUCCUGCAGACUCCUCCCCUCCCUCCUCUGUCCUUCUCCCAGUUGGAGCAGCUGUAGGUUCUCUGGUUCUGGUUCUGGUUCUGGUUGGAGUUGUGUGGCUCUGCAGGAAUCAAUCAGCCAGAUCUUCCGCUGAUCCCGAUACUGUCCGAUCUGCUCAGAGGAAAUGCAUUGCAGGUCUGACUGUGCUGACUGCUGCAGGUGUGGCUGUGUUGCUGUAUGGACUGAUUGUUUCUGCAGACUCCUCUCUGCCUGGGCUCAGACUCUUCUGCCAUCUAGUGGCCAUCUGUCCGUACUGCGUCUGUACUGCUCUGAUGGCGUCCAUCUGCUGCAGCAGGAAGACAGGAAACAAAGAGGUCGUCUCCAUGGAGAUGACCCAGCGUGUCGGAGGAAGUGACGGGUUGGAUGAAGAUUAUGAUGACAUCACUGCUGAUGUCAACACUGAGUAUGUGUUCUGAGCUGUGAGCGCAGUGACAGCCGCUGUCUGCAACAGGAUCAAUAACAUGAUGGAUCUGAAGUCAGCUCACGGAUCAGUCUGAUCACUGAUCAUCUUCCUCUUUUUUAUUCUUUUUCCUUAUUUUUCAGUGGUCACAAACAUUUAUAUGAUACAACCUGCAAAGCUUUAUUCAAACAGUGUGUUAACAGAGUUUAUGAACAAUGCUGAAGUUUUAGAAUUGAUAAGUUGUAGCAGGACGCCUGUUAUACGUGUUAUUAUGUGAAGCACUGUGUCUGUAAAUGAAUGGCUAAUGGCUAACUGUUUGGUUUGGACGAUCUAGCUUGCUGUAGCUCAUCAGUAACUGAUUACUGGCUCCUGAAAGAGGCAGCUGAGGUUUAUUCUGUAUCUGAUUGAUGAGUCUGUAAGGUUAAAGUUUGUGUUUAAAUGAGGGCAGUUUGAUCGGCCACUUGGUGGUUCUGGUCUUCCUUCUCGCCGCCUCAAAGUCUUCCAGCACAGCAGGACUUCAGACUGUUGGACUCUAUUUAAAUGAUGUAUGUGUUUUUAUAAUAAUGAGUGUUUGUAAUUGAUAUUUUGACAUUAAAUUGAAUCUGAACA